GCUCGUCCUCGCUGCACUCGCUCGGCAGCUCCCGGAGGUGGCGGUUGUGCUAUGAAGGCAGACCCCGCCGGGCUGGCCGACAAGAUGCUGCGGACCCCGAAGUGCUCGCGGUGCCGGAACCACGGCUUCCUGGUGCCGGUCAAGGGCCACGCGGGCAAGUGCCGCUGGAAGCAGUGCACCUGCGAGAAGUGCUACCUGAUCACCGAGCGCCAGAAGAUCAUGGCCGCGCAGAAGGUGCUCAAGAGGCAGGCCUCCGAGGAGGAGCAGGACAUGGCCCUGGGCGCGCAGGGGCCCGAGCCGGCGGCGGGGGCCGCGGCCGCCGCGCCCCCGGGCCCCAGCCUCCGCCAGCUGCUUCCGGUGGCCGCCUCGGGAGAGCGGGAGGCCGGCCCCGAGGGCCGCGUGGCCGCGGGCUUCCCCGAGAGGCCCCCGCGCGGCCCGAGCCCCGGGCCGAGCGCCUUCCAGCCGGUCCUGGGCGGCCGCGGCCACGCGGGGCUGAGCGCACGAGCUGCCGCGGCCGCGCCGGGUCCGCUGGGGCUCCCGCUCGGGCCCGAGGCCGCCGGCAAGGGCUUCCCCGGCCGCUUGGAGCUGCGCAGGCCGCUGCGGCCCGUGCCCAGCCCGCCGUUCGCCGACUUCGGGCUCCCUCUGAGCGUCAACUCCGAUUGUGUAAUGGGGCCUGAGUACCUGGAGAGAGAGCCUUCCAAGCUGUAUCCCAGCUGCUCCAACAUGCAUUCCUACUGCCCAUUCCCAUUGGGCUACCAGGAUGCAUCCCCGACUCCGGGGAUCCCCCUCCAGCGGGGCUUCCGGCAUGUGUCCUGCAGCCACUUCCAUGGAGGAGGCUUGGUCCCGGAGCCAGUGGGAGACUUCCAGCCAAGCUACUACCCGCUGCCGCCGCCGCCGCCACCUCCACCACCACCGCCGCCGCCUCCACCACCACCGCCGCCGCCACCACCGCCGCAGCCUCAAUUUCUCCCACCAGGCUUCUUGUCUGCGCUCCACUUUCUGCCGCCUCUGCCACCGCCGCCACCACCGGCAUCUUUCUCUCUCACCAUUCUGUCUGAUACAGACAAGGAAACCACUGAUGGCCAGGAUGCAGGGGUACCAGAGGAGCCCGGGGUGCCUGAGGCGGAGGCGGGGGCCCCUGAGGCGGAGGACCCUGAAGCGGAGGCGGGGGCCCCUGAGGUGGAGGCAGAGGCGCCUGAGGCAGAGGCGGAGGUGCUGCCGGGUGAGCCCAGCCAGCUGCCUUCCAAGGAGCAGUCCAACUAGGCCCUGGCAUGCUUGGGCCAGCGGGGUGGGGGUUGCGGGUGUUGCAGCAAUGAUGUUCUUAACGGGUUUGGGGAUGUGUAGGGAGGAAGGGUAGUAGUAGACAUAAAAUGGCAGUUUAAUUUCCAUUUCAAGACAGGAGGGAGGAAGGUGAUUUCUAAGGUUCUCUCUAUCCAGAGACGUGGGAUUGACCAGGAACAUGGAGGAUGGUUAGCAGGGGAGGGCCAGGGCUUUGAGGAUUGGGGGGCUGGUGGAAGCUCACAUUUAGGAAUGAAUUUAACUGAGUCUGGGUUGUGCUGCUGUUAGACUCACUCCCAGAAGUGGUCUUUGAUUUCCUCGGGCCCGCUCCAGGACAGGAGGCACCAUCUAUUUCAGCCUUCUGCUUCCGCCUCUGCUUGGUCCCAGCUGGGGGCAGCACAAACACUGAGCCCCAAGCACAUCCAGGUGGUUUGUGUGGGCAGCUGGGACCAGGUGCUGACAGCAGGUUCUACAGCGUCCUUCCCUGCUGCUCUAUCUCUUGUGAGGGCUGCCUGGCCACUGCCUCUCGCCCCUUCUCCAAGGGGCUGCACCAAGCAUUCUGACUGCUGGGGCUGCCUCCUCUCCUCUCCAUAAAGUUUAAGCCACUAUAGGCAUCUUUUCUGGUUAAAAAAAAUCUAUUAAAGUUUGACUAUUUGAUAUUUUUAUAGUGAUUGCCAACUUUAAAAAGUAGGCUGUUUGUAAGCACUGAUGCAGUUCUCAGAAGAGAAUGGUGCUUCUAAAUCAUCUAUGUAUCCAUUUCUUCUCUGGGGACAGUUGACUGUUGAAAUAAAAUAAGCAGUGGAAAUCA